GCUGCAGGGGGAGCCCAGGCCAGCCAUGCUGUCCAGGAAGGGGAUCAUCCCGGAGGAGUACGUGCUGACCCGCCUUGCCGAGGAUGUGCCUGAUCACGCCCGCUACCGCGCGCGGGAGAGGAGGGCCAGGUUCGUGGGCAAGAACGGCGCCUGCAAUGUGGCGCACAAGAACAUCCGAGAGCAGGGCCGCUUCCUGCAAGAUGUCUUCACCACGCUAGUGGACCUGAAGUGGCCUCACACGCUCAUCAUCUUCACCAUGUCUUUCCUGUGCAGCUGGCUGCUCUUUGCCAUGAUCUGGUGGCUCAUCGCCUUUGCCCAUGGGGACUUAGACCAGAAUACCCGGACGCACCUGCGGGGUGAUAGUGGGGGAUUGGGAGCAGGUGAGUUUGUGCCCUGUAUCACUGAAAUGCACUCCUUUACUUCAGCUUUCCUCUUUUCCAUAGAGGUACAGGUGACUAUUGGCUUUGGGGGCCGCAUGAUGACUGAAGAGUGCCCAGCUGCCAUCUUCAUGCUCAUUGUACAGAACAUUGUGGGGCUGGUGCUCAACUCCAUCAUGUUAGGUUGCAUCUUCAUGAAGACUGCACAAGCUCACCGGCGUGCAGAGACACUCAUCUUCAGCAAGCAUGCUGUGAUCGCCCUCCGAGAGGGCAAGCUCUGUUUCAUGUUGCGUGUAGGGGAUCUGCGCAAGAGCAUGAUUAUCAGUGCCACCAUACGCAUGCAAGUGGUGAAGAAGACCAGCAGUCUGGAAGGUGAGGUUGUGCCCCUCAACCAGAUAGAUAUCCAGAUGGAAAACCCAGUAGGGGGCAACAGUAUCUUCUUGGUCUCCCCACUCAUCAUCUACCAUGUGAUAGAUAAGAACAGUCCUCUGUAUGAAGUCUCUCCAGCCAACCUUCAUCAUCAUGAAGAUUUGGAAGUCAUAGUCAUCCUUGAAGGGGUGGUGGAAACCACUGGCAUCACCACCCAAGCCAGGACAUCCUACCUGGCUGAUGAGAUCUUCUGGGGCCAAAGGUUUGUGCCUAUUGUGGCAGAAGAGGAUGGGCAAUACUCAGUAGAUUACUCUAAGUUUGGCAACACUGUGAAGGUUCCAACUCCCAACUGCACUGCCAAGCAACUGGAGGAAGACGGGAACAUCAUCAACACCAUCUCCUUGUCACCUAGAGGCACCAUGAGGAAAAGGUCUGUUAGGUUAAAGCCCAAAUUUAGUAUAGCUGAUGAGCCUUCCUGACAUCACAGAGACCCAGCUCUUGAGUCUGACUAAUGCAAUAAAGAUGCACUGAUAUGGCCGCUAUUUCUGUUAUUCAGGUAGUUCACAAGGUAUGUAUUGUUUGGUGCAAUGAAAAGUGGCCAUAUAUAAACAUUCUGACCUUAUUUAUUUGCACAAUCAUUUGGGGUGGAUAAACAAAACUGGAAAAAUGCCUUUUCGUGUGAAUUUUUCAUAUGUAUUGAUCUAUGUUAUUUAUGCUUUUACAUUGGAGAAACUUGAUCUAAUGUUUAUAACUCUUAUAUAAAAACA